CACACACACACUUUCGGCAAAAAUAAUAUUUUUUUCGGCGUAAAAAUAUUUCAAAAUUUUCUACCUUUUUUUUAUAGACAAAAUUUUAUGUAUUCGACGAUUCUCAAAUAGGCAAAUUUUUCCUUGUCAUUGAUUAACACAGCAGAAGGGACCAACGCGCCCUAUAGCAAUGGCGUUACGGGGUGUUCCUCGAAUUUCCCUGCUACGAAAUUUUCGGGGGCUACAGCGGUUGUGCGUCCGCGGCUUUGCGGAUGACGCUCCUCCGCCUAAGUGCUCCAAUCUGGGUGACAGCUUGAAGAGCUGCGGUAAAACUAUUAAGAACGAUUGCGGCGAGAAGACAUUCAAGAAGAAGCCGAAAAAGAAGAAGGGGGACGGUUUUCAGUUUCAUCAUUUGAUCAGUUUUCCAGAUGAGUGCUGCGAAGAUCCGUGUGCGGCCAUGGACUUCCCACGGUUCGACGAGUGUCUGUACGAGCCAUCGGACAAGGCUGCUCGCAAGUAUCAGGUCACCUGGGUGGAGUGUCCACCCAUCCAGAUCAAGCCUAAGAAGAUCUGCUGUUAUCAGAAUGCAAAGCACCCGCCCAUUGUGCGUCGGAAGAAGAAGGAGAGAGAGAUCGUGUGUUGCGAUGUUGCAUCGGAAUGCCCGCCGAAGGAUGAAGGCCCUUGCCCACGUCUUGUGCUGCCGGGUUGCAAAGCUGCGCGGAAUCCAUCGAAGUGCACCAACGCCAAAUCACCCUCCGACUGCCGUAAAGUCCGUGCUCCGUAUCCAUCUUUCUCGGAGUGCAGCAGACCCAAGUUACGCAAGCUCCGUAGAACUGAAUGCCACUGCUUAGAAAGCGUUGCGCUUUGCGAGAUGUUCGCAGAAAGAGCAAAGCGUAAGCGUGGAAGCGGCGGAGGAAAGGGACAGUGUCCCAAACGUAAAUAAAUUAAAGGUGGUUGGACCUCAAAUGCUCGUGUUGCUUUGCCGCUUAAUUUGAAGAACACCAGACAAAUUUCAAAAUUAUUUGCUAAAAAAAACAACUACAAUAAAAGCGUUGUAUAUAGACAAGGAAAAAA